GUCGAAAUAUAUCGCAAAUCAAGGGUUUAUUACGUAGAAGCUAUGGACAGCCCCAUUGCUGCUAAUGUCCUCGGGACACUCGGUUCAGUUUGUUGGUCUAUCCAGCUCAUUCCUCAAAUAAUUAUCAAUUACCGCCGACACUCGACGGAAGGUUUGCAGCGUUCGAUGAUGCUUCUUUGGGCCAUUGCUGGUGUUCCGCUUGGUGUCUUCAACAUUACAAGCAAUUUCAAUAUUGCGCUUCUUAUACAGCCGCAAAUCCUAACACUUCUGAGCUUGAUUACUUGGACUCAGUGUUUCUAUUAUGGUGAUAAACUAUCCAAGGGAAAAUGUACUGCACUUGUGUCUGGGAUGGCAGUAUUGUUUGGAGGCGUUGAGACUGGUUUAGUCUUCGCGCUGCGGGCUGGGAUCAAUCAAGGAACUCAUUGGCCAGUAAUCUUAAUGGGUGUUCUAUCAACUGUCUUGCUCUCUGCUGGCGUAUUAAGGCAUUACUACGAUAUUUGGGUACAUCGUACCGUUCGCGGAAUUAGCUUCAUCUUUGUUGGUAUUGACGCCGCAGGCGACGUCUUUUCCCUUAUUUCUGUUUUUUUCCAACCCGAACUCGACAUCCUCGGAAUGGUGAUCUACGCAACAGAAUUCGUGCUAUGGUGUGGUGUAUUUGCAUGUGGUGGUUAUUUCAACCUGAUGCCUUGGUUGAGGCAGAAGGCUAGCCAGAGAUCAACACGUCGACGGCAAGAAGCUGAUCUCGCAGCUAUGGAGCGAGUGGGUCAGGGGGCCGGUGAGUCAAAUGAUAUUAACUUGCAAGGGAUUCCCUCGUCCACUUCGGUGUUCCGAACUCCAUCAUCGUUACUAUCAGCAAGAAGCUCUGUCCACUCAUUGGAACGAACACCAUAGAUGCAAC